UUACCAAUCUUUCAAAAAUUUGUAAGGACUGAUGUGCCAUUACGAUAUAGAGAUUUUUAUCCUGAUGCACCCAAAUAUGAGUGGAAAUUGAAAAAGAAAGAUAAGGAAAAAACUGUUAGAGCAAUAGAACUUAUCGACCCUCAGUUAAAUGUAGCAAGUUGCUGGAAUGAAGAAAAUGUCUCAGACUUGUCUUCAGACGAUGAAGCUCUAAGCGAAAUUUCGUUAACCGACUCUACAUUAACGCAAGUUUUUAAAAUUGUAUUUGAUUCCGAUUCAAAAGGCAUAACUAUGAAAGAUAUACAACGUUUAACGAAUCUUGAUUUUUAUUCUGUGAGAGCCAUUGUCAGAAUAUUGGUUAAAAGGAAAGCAGUUCAAUCGUUUAAAAUCGAUAGAGAAAAACAACGAAUCGUUAAAUAUUAUGUAAAGAAGUCAACAACUCAAGAACCUAAGAAAAGUAAUGAGAAUAAAGAAGUUUUAAAACAAUCAAAUCAGCACAUCUCAAAUUUGUUAGGUAUUGAUGAAUAUCAUUUGGAAUCAUCACCAACUUUAAAUAUUGAAAGUCAGUUUGAAAAUUCCUUGAAAGCCUUUGUAAAUAUUUCAAACAAUACUGGAAUUUUAGUUAGAAAUCUAAGAAAAGAUUUAAAUUAUCACAAAAUAAAUAAUAAAAGACUGAGUAGUCUACAAGCAGAGUCAGGAUCAUUAUUAGAUUCUUCUGAGCUAAUGAAAGCAGAAAAAGACAAAAAUGACAAAGAAUCAUUAGAAACAUAUAAAAAUCUCUUACAAAUUGAAUCAAAUCUUUGUAAGAAUUCAUUCAGUUUUAGCCCAUGUCAAAGAAAGUUUACCAUAAACGUUUUUCCUCAGGGAACGUCUCAAACUUUUAAUCAAAUAUGUUCAAAAAUAAUUAAGAAUACGAAUUCGGUAAAAUUCACUGCUAACAUAAAGACUGGAGUAAAAAUUAACAGACCACAAAAACCAGUUGAACCUGUUCCAGAAAGAAUAUAUAAUAUAUUUAAAAAACUGUUUUCUGAAAGUAUUGAAAGUAUAAGUUCAAAACAACUCAAGGAGGAUAUUUCACAACUUCUCAAGCGCAUUUCUGAGCUUAUUCGAUUCAUUGAUACAUCCAGUUUGUCUGAAAUUGAAGAUAGAAUUAAAAAGAAUAUAGAAGAACAUUUUCAGUACAAAUAUUAUCAGUUGAACUCUGAUAUUUCCAUAAUUAAUUUUCAAAAGUUACAUUCCAUCAAUGAUUUUGAAAUGUCACCGGCUCUACCCAAAAAAAGGAAAAGUUUUGAUUCUGAGCCACUCACAACGAAUAAAAGAACAAAAAUUGAUGAAAUUUGUACUAGUUCUUUAGAAGCACUUCAAACCGAAAAAAAUGAAGUAUUCGAUAAAACUACUACUGAUAUUGAAGAAGAUGAAAAAAAUACCCGAAGUGCAAUGGAUUUUCGUUUAAUGGGAUUAAAUCCCGUGUUAUUAAAGAAAACGGUGGACAAAGACAAUGUUGAAGUUUCGUAUUAUGCUUCCACUCUUCCGAAAAAAUUCGCCACUGAUGAUUCUAAAUAUAAAGCAGAGUACGGCUCUACUGUAAAAAAGAACGUUCGAGCAAAUGCGAUAAUAGAAAAGAUACGAGAGGAAAUGGUUUUUCCUGAGCUCAUUAAACUGUGUAAUUUAAUGCAUAAAAUUGAAGAAGAAAAAGGGUACAAAACGAAAAUUGAUAAGAAAACGAUGCAAAGACUAAUUGGAAGACUAGUUGUCCAGGGAUUCUUAAAAGUAAUAAAGGUCGUUGCUAAAAUGGAAAAUACGUUUCAAAUUAAAUACAUAGUAUGCCAUCCAUCAGUAGGUCUAGACCAUUAUAUACUAAUGUCUGCAGUAGAACAAUUAAAAAUUAAACUAUCUGUUGCGAAAUCUGUAAAAGACGACAAAAAGAAACAAAAUGUUCGAAAUUUACUCGAUUCUCGUACAGUCGAUAUGAGUGUUGGGGAACUGAAAAGCUUAACGACUGGUCUACGGCCCACCUUAAAAUACAAUUAUUUUAUUGGAAAAACUUACGGUUACUGUCCCAAAUUUAUCAGAGCUAAGAUUUUGCACAAAUUUCUCUUUAAUUUAAUAUAUGGCGAACGUAAAACCAUUUCGAAUGAUAUACGACGGGUUCUUUUUGAAUCAAAAAUACUCAUGGACGAAGAAAGCAUGCAAGAGCUUCCUCCACUUUACGGUGAAGAAGUUUGUUCGGAAAUGUUUGUUUCACCCUUGCCAAAACAUGCCGAUUGGCCUGAAGGGUGGGCCUUAGUAUCAGAUAUUAUUUUACGAUUACCUGUUUCUAUUUUCUUCAAAAUUAUCAAUGUAAAUUAUGUAAUACCUAAUAUAGAUCAUUAUCUGAAGCACCCCGUUAGGCAACACCUUCCCAUUAAAUUUUUACCAUUAAACAUUUUGAAUGGUAUGAUGUUUAGGCGUAAAUAUCUAUUUUCUUUUCACGAAGAUCUUGUUCUGUUAUGUUACAUGGGCCUGUUACAAUUUGGCCCUCAAAAAAUGCGAGAAAAAGAUCAAAUGUUCAUUUAUUUAAAUCGCAGGACGUCCCUUUUAGAUACGGAUGUAUCCAAACCAGGCUAUCACCAAAUCGAAGAUAGGGAAUACGAGCAAAUGCGAUUUGAAUUCAACAAUAUCAGCGACGUCGAUUCAUAUUGGCAUCAUUUAUGGGCAAUAACUAUGCAAACGCAAUUAGGUCAGAGAAACGCACUCAUCGGGGAAGUUAUUCAAAUAGAUAAUGUUAAUUUCAAGCCCACCAUGGUCAAAGCAGUAUUGCCAAAAACACCAGAAACUGCAUUUAAAGACGAUGAUGGUGAAGUACCUGGUGAUCGCAAAGGUUCUGCUGGUCUCGAUUCAUCUCUUUGGCCGCAUUUAAAACGCAAUUGGUCAUGGACUAAACAAAAAAAACAUGAUUUUGAUGAAAUAUCUCCCACCAUGCGAUUAACAGGAGUGAGGAAAAGGCGUAUAGAAGAGAUAAAUGUUAAACCAGUAAAGUAUGCUGAUUUACAAAAAAUGCAAUCAAAUUCAAAAAAAAAUAUUUCAUUACCAACUACAGAGAAUAAGAGUACAUCUAAAAUAACAAAAAGCGCACAUAAAAGGAACAAGCGCACCAUCAAAAAAGAAUUACGGGAAAUAUUACCUCGUCGAAAUAUGAAAAAAGCACGUAGAACUAUAUCAGUCGAUGAUAUCGACCGUAAAAUUCUAAAGAAAAUAAAGCAAUCACGAAGCGUGUGGAAAAAGUCCGAAGACGAACUUCUUUUAAUUUUGAGAACUACUUCACUUUAUUUUUGCGAACAGUACCGCAACAGAGUUGUUUCUUAUCACGUAAUCAGGGAUGUGCUUCACAAAUUUUCCCCUAUAAGCUUAUCCAAAACAGCACAAGCAUGCCAUCGAAGAAUCAUGUGGUUGCAUAGAGAUGAGAUUGUUGCUCGUGUAAUCGAAGCACAAUUGGCAUUAAUGAAAAGUAGUCCAUUUAUUAAAAAAAUAUUUGGUCCUUUUCGAGAAAGAGUUUCCAAAAACACAAUAAACCAAAAAGAAUAUUACAGUGCAUUUGUUGCUUUAGCUGCAUAUUUAUAUUUUCAUCAACAGAAGUUUAAUUACGGCAAUGAUGAAGAUCGUUAUUUUUUUAAAGGACCAAUCGUUGAUCUUUUAACGCCUGAUAAGGCUGCAUCUUUGAUGAAUUUCGAUUUUUCAAAAGAUACUACUUAUUCUAGUAAACCCUGUUACUAUGAACCAACGAAUGAAAAAGAAAUAUUAACUGAAACAGUUAAGACUAUUGUGCAUAGUUCCUUAAGCUGUAAAGCUGACAAAAUCGGUUGGUCUUUUCAAAUGUUUCAAGUGUAUCAGAGAUAUCCCGAUCCACUUCUGCGUAAAGCAAUUACGGAUUUGAGAGACAGCGAAAUGAUUUCAUCAAAGAAAAAUGCCAAAAGAAAGGAAAAGAGAAGUUUCAUUACAUCUACGUCAUUUCAGUUAAAUUUCAGAUACACUUUUUUACAAAAUACAGCAAAAUUUUCGAAGGAUGCUUAUUUUGAAUCGGCUAGUGCUUUUAAGGACAUGUGUACUUACAAGAACAUCACUGAGCCCGUUCAAGAAACUGGAUUUUUAAUGAAAGAUUUCACGGUUGGAAAUAUAUUAGGUUUUGUUGAAUUAAUAAUGACUGCAAAAGUUACUGUCUUUUUAAAAAUUCCAAGCGAACCUCUAGCCUUAAACCCCAACAUUUCAGAUCAUACAGAACUUAUUAAAGUACUUGCAGUUCGCUACAAAAGACUGUUAACAAUGAUUAAUGAUGGUUCUUAUUAUAAAGACGAUGAACAAUCCUGUGAACUAUCGCCAGAACAAAAAUCAGAACCAAAUGAAUCCGUUUGUAUGUCAACAUCAUCAGUUACGCCUGCUGUACCCAUUCGGGGUGUUCAAACAUUUACCCUUUCUAGUAGAGUCUUAAAUUCUGUGGCAAUUAGAACACCAAGCUGUCAUAAUACAAGCAACAAAAGUGCUGUAGAUGAUAUGAUUGAAUCAGUUAUUAAUAACAUUUACGAAAAUUUAGAACGAGACGGUGAGUUUGACUGUGAAGAAGAGAUGAACGAUGAAGAAGAUGAAAAUUUCGAUAGGAAAGUGCCCGAAGAAACCACUACAGAGGAAGAAAGUCAAACUGGAUCUUCACUACCGGAUGCCAAAAGUUGGUUGUGGUCACAUACAUUACCUACUAAAGGUGAAAUAGAAAAAUCGAAAAGUAAUAAUGAUUCGUGCCAGAAUGUAAACCAGCCUGUUAGAUUAAAACAUGUGGAAUAUGCAGAUUUUAAGAAUCGAUGUGAAAUAUUGGGCCAGUCACAGACAUUACCUGUACAAUCUAAUACAAAUCUAGAAAAUUAUGAGAAAUCGCCCAGUAAAAAUCUUUUGGAUGAUCAACCAUCUUCGUCUAAUGUACCAAAAGAGACUCCAAAAAGGACAACCGAAGUAUACAAACAGUUUCCGAAAACUAAUAAGGAAAUUGCAUCUUGGCCCAUAGCAACUAUAAUGAAAAAAAUAGCCGAAGAUAAUUCAGAUGAAGACAGUUUGAUUCCUGGUCCAACUAAAUUGGUAUACCUUUUAAAAAAAGGGCUUUUCCCCGAUGACAAUGAUGAAUAUUUAGAUAAACUUGAUCAGCAUUAUAUAAUUAAUUGCCCUGAAGCUAAUUUACAUAUAGAAAAGGAAGAAGAGUUGUAUAGGUAUUAUCAUGAAGAAUUUCCUAGGAAAUGCGACGAACUAAUCAACAAAAUUAAAAGAUCAGCAAUUCUUUCCAAGUUUCCUUAUGAUGAAGCCAUAAUGAAAGCCAAGAUGUAUGAAAAAGGCUAUGAUUCUGAUUUAGAAACAAUUGUAGAACUCGUUAACUAUGUAAAGGACAAAAAUGUUUUAGGUGCGUCAAUGAAAGAGAUAAAGGAAACAUUUUCUAAUGUUAUAGAAAAGUCAAAAUUAUUAGAAAUAACGAGAAUCUUGAUUGAAUGUGGAAUUUUCUUUAUGACAGGAGUAACUUUUUUAAAAUGUGUACAUACUGAUUACAGGGCUGUGUGGAUUUGUAAAUCUUUUGCCCUCAAAAAAGACGAUUCCUUUAAGAAAUCUAUGGACAUAGAGAUUCAAAUAUUCCCAUGGACUCGAGUGAAUGGUUCUUUGAAUCUAAAAAUCUUAGAGAAUUGGCUGCAUUUAGGACUUACCAGUUGUAUAACUCAUCCGUUGAUAAACAUAAAUCAGCUUACAAAAGAAUUAAUUUACUUAAAACAUGUAGAAGUAUACCACCUUGUAAAUUAUCUGCAAGAUUUGGGCUGUGUUAAACUAGUAGCAUACGAACAUCAAAAGAGCACCCUUUGGUCUACAUUUGAAGAACCUCAAAAAGUUCCUGCUACGGAAUUUCAUGAUUUUAAAGAGAUUUGUGUUGAAGUAAAGCCCAUGGCUAUUACAACAUUGGGAAUGUUUAUGAAAAUAAAUCAUCCUUCAAAUUAGAAUGCAUGUAGUAUAAUGUAGCGUUAUUGGUCUUUUUAAAUACAUUACGUCUUUAUAAUG